AUGGACCCCUCGCAGGCAGCUUCAAACAAUGUAACAGUUGAAUAUACGGAUCCCUCGGGUCUAUUUCCGCUUAUCCAACCUGUGAUCGAAGCAAAGCUACCCUUCAAGAAUCUCCACUGGAAAUCACCAACCCGCCCGGUGCGGUCGAUCGAGUCGCUCCGCAUCGGCUUCACACCUGCACAAGAACCCGAGGAGCGAAAAGCUUCGACCGAUGCUGCGUCCGGUGCAAUCACACAUCGCCGGCACCAGAUUCCCGGUCUCCGUCAGACACCAUACUUGAAAGUCUACCUCCUUCGAUGCGACGAUAACGAAACCUACAAAGCGACAGCGCGCAAGAACCUCCGUGAAUGGAUCAAGGCCAACUCGUCUUCCCAAACCUCGCAAUCUGCAGCCACUAGCCAAGAAAAGCACGAUGCGUUCGAGUGGCUGAUCCUACACGUGGUUCCAGACAGCGAUGGUGCGGAGAGAUCGCCCGCGCCUACUUCGAAAUGGGGUCGCGGUUCCACAACAGUGCUUGAGAAAGUCAAGGCUGACUUCAACGGGUCGUCGAAGACCGCCGUGGAUCAUGUGGCGCAAUUGCGAAUUCCGAAGCACGGAACCAAGUCUCCCGAACUCGCAGAACAGUUGGAAGACUUGAUCGAUAAGAUGAAGAACGGAAUCUUGGCAUCUUUUGAUCUGCGCGUGGCACAAUAUGAAGAGGAUAUCAAGGAAAAGAUUCGCAGCGAAGUCUGCCGGAAUGUGGGCCUGUUCGAGGAUGCGCUGGCUGGGUACGACGAGCUUGCAGUUGGAUUAGAUGCAGCCAUUCGCGAUCAGCUCGAUGGAAGCGGAGAUCAGCAUGGUGGUGCCCUCUCGAUCACCAGUAAGGCAUGGGCGGAAAUGGCAAAGAAGGCCUUGAACGCGGGUGUGUCCGAAGGUAACACCGAUGCUGCUUUGUUUUCGGAGCUCCAGCCUGAAGAAUUCCCAUUCAACUCCAAUAAGAUGGCAUACCGAGAGAUGAUAUUGGCGAGUGACAUUUCCAUCUUUGACUUCCGCACAUACAUCUUCUCACGCCAAUUAACAUUACUACUUCGAGCUGCAAGAGCUCCGUCGCUGGUUGGCAGCGAUCCUACCGCAGAUGUGAAGGGCGCGAAAUCAAACAAGAAACCCGAAGAUCUCAUGUUGCUAUCCGAAAUUUGCGGACGGGCAACAGAGGUUGUCAGUCUUGCCGCGCGUACCCUCCGUUAUGAUCUUGAGUGCAGUCUGACAGACGUAGCCAAUGAGGCGAAGACAAAUGCUAUAAGCAACAUAGUCUCUUCUUGGGCAUUUUCAGCUGCCUUCCAAGUCCUGGCCCAGACAUUCACUCCGACACUCAUGCUCCCAGAAUCCUCUCUUCAUGCUGUUGCGCAAUCGAGCGAGGCAUCUGCGGCUUCCAAGACAGAGUCCAGACCCGCCGAUGUGCCUCGCCGCACCAGUUCCCUUAUAUCUAAUUCUCGCCCUGGCCGACCAGUGACUCAAGAUAUUUCUGAUAGCGUGGGCUUGCUUCAGAGACGCUCAACGAUGGAUCACCCCAAACCAGCUCCAGCUCUUUCACAAAAGACCGGCUCUGAACAACUAGCGUCUGGGCGGGCAGAGCUUCUUCUCCUUGCUCGGCGGUCUUUAGAAGAAAUUGCUCAGAGACGAGGCUGGGCCGAAAAGUGGAACGACCUUGAGCUGCUCUUUGAUGAUCGACACCGUGCUGGAGCAAGUGGUCUUACGGAGGUUUCGCUGGACACUGAUGAUACCAAAGCCUCAGAACCUGACACGAAAAGCAAGCAAUCCUCCCUUGUAGGUAUUGACCUUGCUGGCCUAAAGGUAGCACUAGAGUCAAGGGAAGCUUUCCUGUUCCUCUAUGAGGAUUUAACGGAUCGUUUGAUCCGUCAUCAUAUGGCCGCCAAUCGUGUCAAUUCUGCUGAACAGGCUCUUGCGGAAAUAGCUAUUCUACGCUAUAGGCAAAAAGACUAUGAGUCUGCUGCUUCAUACUUCCACCGUAUGGCCCCGUUCUACGGCACUAAGAACUGGGUCAUCCUGGAAGGAAGCAUGUUGGAACUGCAUGCGCGAUGUUUGAAGGAGCUCCAGCGCAACGAGGACUACGUUCGGAUGAUGAUCCGUUUGCUUUCAAAGUUUGCUACAUACGCGCAGGCGCAAUUGUCGAUCAGACAGAAAGCUCUUGCUGGCUCUAUUCCCUCCAUGGAGCAAGAAAUUCUAGAAGCGCAUGUCAGUGAUUUGUUCAAAGCAUCUGGCGCUCUCCAGAAAGACAUGUCGGCCUCCUUGACGGACUUUUUUGCCGACCUUCAUGUCAACCCUGCCAUUCGAUUGUAUGACAAUCAGGACGGCUUCCAAGUGGAACUAUCCCUGCGGUUCCUUUUGGGCCAGCAAGUUGAAAUUGACAACCUCAAGCUUCGUCUAGUUAGUGCUAACAGUUCUCAACAUUCUGAGUACUGGAUCGAGAGCAGGGAUAAGUUGGUUGUCAAAUCGUCGUCAACGAAGAUCCUGAUCGACUCUUCUACCACGCUCCAAGGCAAAUACAUUGUCGACCGUAUUGAAAUGAGGGCAGGCAAUAUUGUCUUCAGCUUCAACAGUGGUCAAGACUCGUCACUGCCGGUCGGUUUCAGGGAAACCGAGGAGACGGAGGAAGUCGAUGAGCGGCCCUACAUCUACUGCUAUCCCCCGGCAGACAGCCUUCAGGCGAAGAUUGUGGCGCCCCAUCUAAUUGACCUCCAAGCCAUGCGCACACUGGAGCUUGAACUUGAUAGCGGGCGAAAUGAUAUUAAGAACGGCACAGUUCGCGUCAGGCCCGCAACUGCUGGCCUACGUCUUCGCCUCGCAGAAACUCAGGUCGUUGAUGGCACACUCAAUAUUGAGGCCAAUCACGAAUCUGGUAUCAUUGAAUUUGCUCACCUCGCUGCUCGGUCGUUUGUUCGACUACGGAUACCCUACACCGUGGAAGAGGCCUUUUCGACCCUGUCAGCUCGGGCAGAGGUUGGGUACGAGACUGAGCAUGGCAAAUUUGCCUCAUCUGCAUCUUUCAGUGUUGUGUCUACACUACCAAUCUCGGUUAAUGUGCAGGAUAUCUUCAAAGAUGAACUGCUCUUCUCACGGUUUACAAUCAGCCCUGCUAUGCUGAUUCCGCUCCGCAUCACCAAUUGCAGUCUUCCCAGCUCUAGCACGUACGAAGUACAAUCCACCAUUGCUGGCCCUGUUGCCCUCGAUGUUUUCCCCAAGCAGCCCGCGUCUCUUCUAUACAAGAUUCGCGCAAGUGACAUUAAGACUGCCGAAUCAACACCACGCAGUCUACAAUUGAGUGUCGACUUCACAUGUGUGGAUGAUGAAUGUCUUGAUGCAGUCGAGAAGCAAUUUGGUGCCUCCAUUAACUCGAGUCCCUUCCGCCAACACGCGGCCUUACUUACGUCGCACCUUGUCAGCAGCUUCCGUGCACAUCUGUCCACGAAUGAGAUGGAAGCUAUCGGAUUAAUUCGGGAAGUCAAUAUGCUGCCCUAUCAAACCGUGCGCUGGGAUGAUUUGUUGGGUGCCUUGGAAGCGCCAGCCGAGAACGUACGCCAGUGGCUCAACGAGUGGCACAAGAAUAACACGAUUAUCCAACUUCCGACUCAACCUACCAUCCCAUCCCGCCGUAUUGUCAUCCCAGUCGAUGUACCCGAAAUCCAGGUCGUGCACACCGCCGAGCUGCAGCUCCAACCAAACACGGAAUCCAUCCAUGCCGCCGUAGGCCAAAUGAUCACGGCGGAGCUAUGUCUUCGCCACACCCGCCGCUGGUGCUCCCCUGCAACCCGCGAAAACGCCGACCAGCCCCUCGAAUGCUCGUAUGAGAUCCACGCCAACCCAGACCUGUGGCAAAUCGGCGGUAGGCGCCGGGGAAAUUUCCUCGCGCAGGAUGGUGACACGACCCGUUUCACCGUGCUUCUACUGCCCCAGAAGCCAGGCCAUCUGCUUCUACCGGGGCUGGAAAUCCGCACGUUCUUCCCGUCCACAUCCCAGCCGCCGGCUGAUCCCACGGCUGCCCCGCCUCGGCGCUCUAUCCCGUGUGAAGUUGACUAUCGAAAUCAUAGUGAAACGGUUCUUGUUCUUCCUGACUUGCGGAAGACUACUGUUACGCUGAGUGCUGCCGGUGGCCAUGCUGGCGGGGGGUCGUGGUUGAUCGACUCGGAGCGGAGGGCGGAAGAAGUUCGUUGA